AUGUCUGAUAUAAAUCAAAAAGAACUUGAAGAAAGGACUGCUAAAGCCGAAAAGGAAGCAAAAGCAAUUGAAGAGGAAUUAAAUAAGCUUGCAAAAGGAGAUCUGAGUUAUAUUGGGGAAGAACGUCUUGACAAACUUAUGUCUGACAAUGAGAAAUAUAAACAUCGGCUAGCCAUUCUUCAAAACGCUAUUGAGGUUGAAAGAUCAGCAGGGUCUUCUAAAAAGCCGUCAAAAAAACGCCCUAAUCUACUAAACGAUAUUAAUUCUAUCGAAGGUACUAUCUGCAUCUUAGAUGAACUUAAAAAUAUAUUUGAAAUUGCAAUUACAUCUGCUUACCCAGAAUUAGAGGAUCCACCUGUUGUGUUAACAUUAUCGGGCAACAACCCUAAAUUUGGAGACUAUCAGUGUAAUUCUGCUAUGCCUAUUUCACAAUUGCUAAAAUCUAAAAAUGUUAAGACGAAUCCCAGAGAAGUGGCAAACAAUAUUUUAAAUAAGAUGCCAUCAUCUCCACUCAUUGAGAAAACAGAAGUUGCCGGGGCUGGUUUUCUAAAUAUCUACUUGAAUCGGGCAUUUGCUGAACAUGUCCUCGGCUGUAUUUUACGACUUGGUGUAAAACCACCUCCAGUCAAACGAGAGAGGAUAAUUGUAGACUUUUCUUCACCCAAUAUUGCAAAAGAAAUGCAUGUAGGACAUUUAAGGUCGACUAUUAUAGGAGAUAGUAUUUGUCGAGCUUUGGAGUUUCUGAACCAUGAUGUGCUCCGCUUAAACCAUCUCGGUGACUGGGGAACUCAGUUUGGAAUGCUGAUUGCUCAUUUACAGGACAAGUAUCCAAAUUUUAAGACACAUUCUCCUCCGAUAUCAGAUUUACAAGCAUUCUACAAAGAGUCAAAGAAAAGGUUUGAUGAAGAUGAAGUAUUUAAAAAGAGGGCAUACUCGUGUGUAGUUAAACUACAGUCUGGUGAUCCUGAUUACAUAUCUGCUUGGAAGUUGAUCUGCGAAGUCUCCAGGCAAGAGUUCCAAAAGAUAUAUGAUCGCUUGGACAUAAAAAUUGAAGACAGGGGAGAAUCAUUCUACCAAAGUAGGAUGGAAAAAAUUGUGAAAGAAUUAAAAGAUGGUGGUUAUUUAGAGGAAGAUGAAGGAAGGCUUAUAAUGUGGGGAGACCCUAACAACCAUGAUGGAAUUCCACUUACAAUUGUGAAGUCGGAUGGUGGUUAUACAUAUGACACUUCUGAUAUGGCUACCAUAAGAAAUCGUGUGGAAGAAGAGAAAGGUGAUCGAUUUAUAUAUGUGACUGAUGUGGGCCAAUACACUCACUUCGUGCUCAUUGAUGGAUGCGCCAGGAGGUGCGGUAUACUCAAAGGCGAUAAGAGAAUAGAACACGUCGGAUUUGGUGUUGUUCUUGGCGAAGACAAGAAGAAGUUUAAAACACGGUCUGGUGACACUAUAAAGCUGAUACAAUUAUUAGAUGAAGGUCUGAAAAGAGCUCUCGACAAACUGGUAGAAAAAGGACGCGACAAAGUUCUUACGCCCGAGGAAUUGAAGCAAGCGCAGGAAGCGGUGGCCUAUGGCUGCAUAAAAUACGCCGAUCUGUCUCACAACAGAAUCAAUGAUUACAUAUUUUCGUUUGAUAAAAUGUUAGAUGAUAAAGGCAACACCGCGGUAUACUUAUUGUAUGCUUUAACUCGCAUCAGAUCUAUUGCGAGGACAGCACAGAUAUCCACAGACAAACUGUUGGAGGAAGUUCAAAAAUCUGGGCUUAAACUGGUUCAUGAUGCCGAGUGGAAACUUGGCAAAGUUCUUCUUAGAUUCCCUGAAGUUAUUCUUAAAGUUUCUACUGAUCUUUACUUGCAUAGUCUGUGUGAAUAUUUAUAUGAAAUCAGUUCAGCGUUCACAGACUUCUAUGACAAGUGUUAUUGUGUUGAGAAAGACAAGAGUGGUAAUAUUGUUAAAAUACUCUAUGAAAGAUUGAUGCUUUGCGAAGUUACUGCCAGAGUUAUGGAACGAUGUCUAGACAUCCUUGGCAUCAAGACGGUCUCUAAAAUGUGA